AUGAUUGAGUGGAAUACUACUAUUACUCCUCCUCCUCCUCCUCCUCCUCCUCCUCCUCCUACUACUACUACUACUACUACUACUACUACUACUACUACUACCACUACUAUUCCUACUCCUACUACUUCUACUACUACUACUACUACUACUACUACUACUACUACUACUACUACUACUAAUAAUAAUAAUAAUAAUAAUAAUAAUAAUAAUAAUAAUAAUAAUAAUGACAAUAAUAAUAAUAAUAAUGACAAUAAUAAUAAUAAUUUUUUCUGGUCUAGUAUUAAACUACUCAGAUGUCUUCAAUCAUAG